UAACGGGUGGCCGGCAAACAGCUGUUUAAAUUGUUAUGACAUUUCGUUAGUUGCCAUCAAGAUGCUGCGAUUGUUGACAAAAACUCGUCUAGUUAGGUCCCUUGUGCCUGCUGCAGGCAUGCGUGGCUACGCUCAAAAGGUGCCAACUGGCAGUAGCAGCAGUAUUAGCUCCAAGGACGAGGAACUGAGAAUUAGCAACGAUCCCAUUAAGUUCUUUGGCAGCCAAGCGGCGACCUGGCGUGCACGUGACACCCGCAGCGGUGGCAGCGAUGAAUCCCUGUGGUAUCAGCCUUACGUCAUCUCUGCCAGCUUAGCCAUAUUCUUAAUCUACUUUUGCUGUCUACGUGAAGAGAGCGACAUUGAUCUGCGUCUAGAGGGCAAUCUCUAUGAUCAUGUCAGUGGUUUGGAAGAGGUGCAGCUCACCGUCAACUAUAGAUACAACAAAGAGCAUGGCCUAGACACCAAGGAGCAGGAGCAGCGUCUGCGUGAACUGGGCGUCGACAUCGCUCAAUUGGAUGCCAAAUUGGCGCAGUAGCUGGCACAAUAGUUAGUCCUAAAAAUGUUUUGUUUUAUUUCCUAUUAAGCAAUAAAGUUAAAUAUACAUA